AUGGCCGAUAUGAGCGGCGAACAAAUGCAGGCCAAGAUCACCGCGGCCAGGCGCGAAGCCGAGGGCUUGAAGGACAAGAUCAAGCGCAGAAAGGAUGAGUUGGCAGACACUUCCCUCCGCCAAGUCGCGCAGGACCAGACUGAUGCCCUACCACGAAUUGGCAUGAAGCCCCGACGGACGCUGAAGGGCCAUCUCGCUAAGAUUUACGCCAUGCACUGGUCGACCGACCGCCGCCACCUCGUUUCCGCCUCGCAGGACGGAAAGCUCAUCAUUUGGGACGCCUACACCACAAACAAGGUCCAUGCGAUUCCCCUCCGCUCCUCGUGGGUCAUGACCUGUGCCUACGCCCCGAGCGGCAACUACGUAGCGUGCGGUGGUCUUGACAACAUCUGUUCUAUCUACAACCUGUCCUCGCGCGAGGGCCCGACCCGUGUCGCGCGCGAGCUGUCCGGACACUCGGGAUACCUCUCCUGCUGUCGCUUCAUCAACGACCGCCGCAUCAUUACCUCGUCUGGUGAUAUGACCUGUAUGCUGUGGGAUAUCGAGACCGGAUCCAAGGUGACCGAGUUCGCCGACCACCUCGGUGAUGUGAUGUCGAUCAGUAUCAACCCAACAAACCAGAAUAUCUUUGUUUCCGGUGCUUGUGACGCUUUCGCUAAAUUGUGGGAUAUCCGUACCGGCAAGGCCGUUCAGACUUUCGCUGGUCACGAGUCCGACAUCAACGCUAUUCAGUUCUUCCCCGAUGGUAACGCCUUUGGUACCGGUUCUGACGACACUUCUUGCCGCCUGUUCGAUAUUCGUGCCGACCGCGAGCUUAACAUCUACCAGAGCGACCAAGUCCUGUGCGGUAUUACCUCUGUUGCCUUCUCCGUCUCUGGCCGAUUACUCUUCGCAGGGUACGACGAUUUCGAGUGCAAGGUAUGGGAUGUUCUGCGCGGUGAUAAGGUUGGUUCCUUGAGCGGCCACGACAACCGUGUGAGCUGCCUCGGCGUCAGCAAUGACGGCAUCAGCCUGUGCACUGGAUCUUGGGACUCCCUCCUCAAGGUUUGGGCCUGGUAA